ACAAUCACUUACUUGGUUUUUCAGCCCCCAACCACAAUAGAGCCUUUGAAUUUACUCAUGAUAUACUUUUGGAUCCUUAUAUUGGAAUUGUACAUAUCUAGCCAAAUUUCAACUAACUAAAGCAAUUUAAUUUGUUUGAGUAGUUGGAAAUUGUGUCUGUUACAUGUACAUAUUUAACAUGUCCAACUAUGGUGGAGAAUUAUAAUCCUUGUUAAAUUAGUUGGACUUGAGGAUCAUUAGUGUGUAUAUCAUUUAUGCUCAAGAAUAACUUUAUUAGUGAGAGUAAUGGUUUGAUCAGUGGGAGUGAUCAUUUGAAAAGAUCCAAUAAAGAUACCUCGUUUGAUCAGUGGGAGUGAUCAUUUAGAAAGAUCAUUAAAAGAUGUCCCACCUCAAGAUUGCUCCACUUCAAGGAUAAGACACCUUACCUUGUUAUUAUAAAAUCAAAUAGUUCAAAUUUGUUGAACUAGCUACAAGUUGUGCAACAUAUUUCUGAAAAUGUUGUAACAACAUUAAUAGUUUUUAUUAUAACAAUGACAUUAAGUUUAUGGUGAACUAUCACGAGUUAGAUUCUUCAGCAUUUAUUGGAGUCUUUCGUUUCAUCAAAUUGAUCCUGGGCCAUUAAGAUUUAAAAGGUUCAAGAUUCAAUGUUGAGAGACAUAAAGCAUGCAAAGACUCAUGAUGUUGGUUCAUAUAGAUGAAUCUUGAGGAUUUUUUUGUUUUUAUGAUGAUACAAUAUUUUUGUUGUUUCAUAAAGUUACAUUAAAAAAUCCUCGGUAUUGCUCUAUGACAUGAAAGUUGGGCUUCCUUCCUUUGUUUUGGAGAUCAUUUAUAAGGUGCAUGUUUAAAGUUCCGUUUAUGGGCUUAGACUCAUGAAUUUGUUAUCUAAGUCGUUGGAAUAUGGACUACUCAAUUAUUAUCUUUGGCUAAGAUUACUAAGAGUAUGAGUGACAGACGUGUCAACUCUGAAAACUUAGCUGUCAGCGAUAAUAUUAAAGAUAAUGAGUUAGUCAUGUAAUAUAUUAGCAUUUUGCUAAUAGUUUCGGAUCCCUACUUAAGGCAUGCUUAUAAGAACUUUAGGGAUCGUACAUGGUACAUGGAACUUAUUAUGUGACUAUAUUGUACGUACAUUUAUAUUGUCACUUCUAUGUAAUAAUUUGGAUGGUUUCUCCUAUGGUUAUGCGCAUAUUUAUUUGAGAAACAUCCCUAAGGUUGGACCAAGAAUAAACGUAGGGUUUAUUCAUAAAGGACCUGAGUUGGGAAUCAAAAUGCAUGUGAUGCAUAGAUGGUAUUACUCACCCUUUAAUUUAGAGGACAUACCACUAUGAUUCAUGUUUUUUGAUCUUCAACAAGGGUUGUGCCAAUACUUGCACCAAGUGAAAAAUUGUAACAUUUUUUCCAUUAAUAUUGUACAAAUAAAGUUGUGCAAGUUUAUUAGGCCAAAUUUAACCAUUGAGGCAAUAAUUAGUUUUGAUAAACUAAUUAUAAUCAAGAAUGAACAUAAUGUUUAUUCAUUAAGUUUUGUUGCCACAUAAAGACAUAAAGUACUUAAAGGAAAAGUUACAUUGUGGUCAUAGUGGAUACUACUCCCAUUGAGAGGAACUAUCUCUAUGGUUACAUUCAUGUUUUCUAUUUCUUUAAAGUUUAUACUUGCACCAAGUGGGAGAAUGUAAACAAUAUUUUCAUUAAGUCACUUUAAAUGUGGUGCAAGUUUAAUGAGCACUUUAUGACUAUUAAGUGGUAGUAUUAAUGUUGUAACGGAAAUAACGUUUUCCGUUACAAAGCCUAUAUUGAUGGCAUAUAAGGCUAUAAAAGUGUAGGUCCUGCCACUGCUCCGGAACACCUGAAAUACACCAUCUAUACUGUCUGGAGAUCAAGUGGGAGACAUUGUUACUAUGCAGAAAUUGCUACUAGAAGAUUUACAAUGCAAUGCACCAAACAUAUCAACUAUGGCUGGAGUUUUUCUUGAUUCCUACGCUUCCGCUACGAGGUUAGAUCAUUACAAGUAUAUGAUUAUAUAUUUAUUCUAACAUGAUCUUCUUUUUUUUUUUGAAAACCAAAACAAGCUUAAAUUAAAUCAAAGGAAAGAGCAUUACAGAUAAAGGAAGGAGGGUUAGAAAGCUACUCCAUACGUUCAGUCAUAGAAACGGACUCCCUUGCAAGGAGAUGGUUCGAGUCAUCUUAGAUUACCUAGAUGGAGGAUCAAAGACAGAAGAACGCUUCAGCUUCAACUUCUAUAACUCGUCUUCCGCGAGAGAUACUUGUCAAAAUUCUCACCGGUCUGCCUGCAAAAUCUGCUGUACGAUUCAGAUGCAGUUGUAAAUUCUUUUAUUCUUACAUACCGAAGCCACGCUUUGGCUUCAGAAUCGUCGUCGUACUCCCAUCCAGUGUACGUUCCGUAUUAAGUUUAAACUCCUUGAGUUACAAUGAAGAAAGCCAUGGAAGGCUCCAAGCAGACAGUGCCCAAGUUUUAGAUUUACGAGGUUUAAGAUGGGCGGAUUCUACGAGUUCCGCCGAUGGAAAGAUGGUUCUGCUCAACAACAAACUAUGGGGAGACCAAGCUCUCUUCGAUAUUAGUACAGGUCGGCGUAUUUCUGUGCCGUCCGAUAGUAGUUUGUCGUAUGUGAGCAGUGUGUUCACUGUUGAUGUGGUGGCGUUUGACUCGGUUUCCGAAAGGUACAAGGUUUUCAGGUCAUCACCACUGUAUGAGAAUUACAGGUGGGUGUUGAAUCGGUAUUGGGUUUUAACUGUUGAUGUGGAUGAGUCAUGGAGGGAGAUAGAAUUCACUACUGGACACCUCUAUGUUGCCAUGGUCCACAUUAAUGGGAUUAUCUAUUUCAUACCUGAUAUGUCUGAAUGGUCACCUGAUGAUAUAAAUGAAUUGUCAUCAUCACCAAAGAUAGCUGCAAUGGAUGUUGCGACAGAGAGUUUUAUCACGUUUGUACCGUUUCCAUCUGGAUAUCAUCCGUACCCGCAUGGGUAUGUGUUGUGGUGGGUGCCAUGGAUAAUGAAAUUGAAUGGUCGCAUGUCUUUCAUUAACUUUAUUAUUCCUGAUGCAAGAGAAGACGAGAGAAAAAUAGAGAUAUGGACGUGGGAGAGAUCAAUGGAGGAGUGGGAGAAGCAGACUAUCCUUCUUCCAUUGGAGGAGAGUAAGGUGAUCAGUCAAGCUAGUUCUAUGGGAUUUGCUACAAAUAGUAUGGGGGAGAUUGUGUUCUUGCUUCAAAGUAACACGAUGUCUCCAUUGAUUUUAGUUUAUUCGUUUGGAAGAGAUGUUUGGAAAAGGUUUGAGAUAAGUGGAGUUUCUAAUUAUAAGCUUCAUCUAUCAAGUAUGAAAAGUCUUGUGCAUGUUGAGGAUGAGAUUGCAUAUUUUUUGGAAUGAAGAAUUUUGGUUUUUGUUUUUCCUUGAUAGAAGAUCGAGGAUGGAUUUAAGCUUUGGUGUUCUUGUUUUGAUCGAGCACCAAAGCUUUAAUGUUAUUGAAGAGAGUAUAUCAUGAUUGGUAUUCUUAAUGUUAUUAAAGAGAGUAUAUAUUUAGACGAAGUUAACUCCUCCAUAUCAUGAUUGUUUUGCUUAUUUUGACAAUUAUUUGAAGGCUAAAUGUCAUUAUGUAUUACUU